AUGGUUACUAGAACCAAUUGUGAGGCAGAAUUGGUGGUAUCAAGAAAGGAUGAAGGGCCAUUCGUUGUGUCCGUUUUCGAAACAGUGCAUAACCAUGAAUUGAUGGCAACUGACAUGUCGUACAUGCUCAGAUCAAACCGCAAUCUGAACAUUGGUCAUCAGUCUAUUCUGCAAGCUAUGAAAGAGGCUGGUAUUGGCCGGUUAUCCAAAUUGGCAAAUGAGGAUGCUUCGGAUGUGCUUAAAUACUUUGCCAGUAAAUCCAAUGCAGAGCCUUUUUUCUUCUGGAAGCACGAAUGUGAUGAGGAUGGAAGAUUGAUGAAUUUCUUUUUUCGGGAUUCUAGAAGUGCUUUAGACUAUGAAUCAUUUGGUGAUGUUUUAUCUUUAGACACUACAUAUCGUACGAAUCGGUAUAAUCUGAUUUGUGCUCCUUUUGGCGGCAUAAAUCAUCACUCUCAAAAUGUGAUGUUCAGAAUGGCCUUUCUCUCUGAUGAAACCACAGUUACAUUGAAGUGGUUGUUGCAGACCUUUCUUGAGUCUAUGCAUGACAAAGAGCCUGGGUUAAUAUACACUGAUCAGACAUUGGCUCUGAUGAAGGCCAUUGAUGAAACUUUUACGAGUGCGAAGCAUCGCUUGUGCCAAUGGUAUAUCAAUCAGAAUGCACCUGGGCAUUUUGGAAACUUGAAUGGCAACAAGGAGUUCAAAGAAUUGUGGUAUAAAUGCAUGAACGGGGUUGAUACUGAGACAGAGUGGGAGGAGACAUGGAGGCACAUGAUGGAAACCUAUUCACCCCGUAAAGUUCGAUGGUUUUCUGAUAUGUAUUUGCUACGUAAACGGUGGGCAUCGGUUUUCACAAGAGAUAUCUUCUCUGCUGGGCUAUUGGCAACGUCUCGCAGCGAGUCCACCAACAAAGUGAUGAAGGAGAUCUGUCGUUCGAGCACGUCGUUAUUUGACCUUGUAAAUAAGUAUGACGGCAUACUCCAAAAAUGGCGACGAAGAGAAAGUGAAGAGGACAUGAACUGUAGAUGGUUACCUGGCCAAUAUGUAGGAAACAAUGAACUUCUGACUCAUGCAGCUAGUGUGUACACACGUGCACUUUACAAAGCAUUUGAGGAAGAGGUCAAGGCUUCCUUCAAUGUUAUUCUUGGAGAAUUUCCAGAAGAAGUUGGUGAAUGUCUGUGGUUUAACGCUACUUCAACUGGUCUCCACUCACGUCUGAGGGUGAUUCAGUUUAACCGACAUAGUUCCCAUGCCACCUGUAGUUGUAGGAUGUGGGAAUCAGAAGGAAUUUUGUGCAGGCAUAUUGUCAAAGUAUUUUACUUGAAAAACGUUUUCCAAAUUCCAGAUGAUCUCAUUUUGAAGCGAUGGACGAAGACGGCCAAAUUUGGUGAAUCUUUUCCGCUCAAUGAUUGCCUACACGGUGGAACAAUGAACUAUAUGUUAUUUGUGAAUAAGUGUAUGCGUGAUGUGUAUGAGAUGGCCACAUCAAGUAAGGAUUCAGAAGUGGCUUGUUCAGCGAUACUAGAGCAAUUAGCUAACCUGCGAUUAGAGGUAUCAAAGAUUGUUGGUAGUCCUAUAAAGCCGUGCGAUGGACCAGAGCCCACGAGUGGGAAAGUUUCCAAUAAAAUACAGAAUCCAAAGAAGAUUAGAGAACGAGUUUAUGUAAAGAAGAAACGUGUUGAGGGAAGAACAAGUACAAAACCUAAACGAACACAACGGGGGACGAACACCACGAUCAAUUUCAUGAACAUUGAUGAAGAUGAUUCAGCCGAUUCAGCCGAGGAACAGAUGGUGAAUGCUGGCCUUUGA